GUCAGGAGGUUUUUUCGGCGCGGGCUGCCGACGAACUUCCAGCCCUUCCCCGUGUGAUGCCAUUGUCUCUGCUCGCUGCUGCCAUUGUCAACGCUCCUGUCCACCAACCCUUUCGGAGGAGGGUAGCCAACGGCAGUUAGUUUACAUUGAAGCUCAUCCAGACUGGCCGUUGGCCGAUGCGUUAUGAGGCUGCCCAAAGCUGCAUUUUCCAACUGCUCUGCUGGGUGCUGGGUCAACCAUGACCAACAACCUGGAAGAGAAUUGGAAUCUUGACGAUUGAUGACAGGUGAGAGAGGCUAAUCGAGGGCCAAGGCCUCGUUACUGCAAUAGCUGCCUGACCAUGAUGCAUGAGUGCCUCAUUCGCCCGAAUGCCAAGGCAGCCGUGAUGUCUGGUAUCAAAAGUACGCGGGCAGCCAGGCCAGGGCGUGCUAGAAACUGCGCAGUGCAGAGGCUUCGUCCCAGGAGAGUGUGACAGGACCAUCCCCAAUCACCUUGCUUGCUCUUGUGCUCUUCCCCCCCCCAUUGCGCUCAAGCGACGCUGAAAAUUCAAAAUUCCCAACCCCCAUCCCCCAUCCUCCUCUCUUCCUCUCCGGCUGCCCUACCCCAUACCGCACUGGUCCCUGCUCGCCGAUACCUCCAACAUCUACCUUCCCCCGAGCCAUGUCACUUUGAUGGUCCCCGUGUCGCCGCGCCGACAUAUCCCAUCCAGCCGCAUUGGCCCAGCAGUCGCGGGUGAGCCACUGAGGACGACAAUUGCCUUGCGCCAACCACCAGAACAGCACCGCCGCCGCCGAACCACUACCACCACCAGCGCGACUCCAACGACCCUGACCCCAUAACUCAAACCAACCUCUUCUCCUUCAACCCCUUCCACAACCACAACCACCACCACCACCGCCUCCAGUGCCCACCAGCUGCCAGAACCUCUUUGUGGCCCAGCCCCCUCCCCUCCCCGAUCUCUGGCUGAGUCUGUUGUCGGUCACGGUCUGCUGCUCCAUCGCGAUCGUUGCGUUAAGGUCGCAGCACUUGUCCCCGACCGUGUCACGUCUGCAGUUCGUCUGCUUCCUCCACUUCCGAAACACCUCCGAACUGGCUUCCGCUUUCCACGUCUUCAAUCCCCGAGACGCCCACCGCCUGCCGGGUCUAAGCGCACCGCGUGCCACAGGUGGCGACCGAGACAUUCAAUUUGCAUCUCGAAUCAACCGCUUGCACCUUCACCCGCAGCAACAGUCACCUACCUAGUCAUAUCCACCCGGCGAUAUCGCACCCUCAUUUUCUUCACGUCACCACAAGCCACGCGAAAAACACGCUACCCGACCCGAGCAGACACCAGGUCUGCUCUCCCUCCCGCCUGAACUAUGAACAACAUGGCAGGCAUGGCAGGCAUGGCAGGCAUGGCAGGCAUGGCAGGCAUGGCAAGCAUGGGCGGCCCGGUCAACGCUCCCAUGGGCAUGAUGAACAAUGGCGGCCUCGCGCCCCAAGUCGCCCAACGCCAUGGCUCUGACCAGCACAGGACGCUGCUCAACACAUACAUCUACGAGUACUUCAUCCGCUCUGGCAUGUGGGAAUGCGCCCGUGCUGUCCUCAACGCCGACAGCGACAUCAACGUCAAGAAGCAAAGUCCGGGGCAUAGCAACGGUCUCGGCGACGACCCCAUGGACACAGACUCGAAGGACCUCCUCGACAAGCGACCAGACGACCUGCCCGCGCCUAACGUGCCUGUGCAUGUCAACGAGAGUUGCUUCUUGUUUGACUGGUUCUCUCUCUUCUGGACCAUGUUCUCGCACCAAAAGACUCCCGGCCAACCCGGAGGACAGAUUGUCAACCAAUAUGUUCAACAUACUCAGGCACAAUCUCGUAUGAAGCAAGAAGAACAGCGAAACCUGCUGCGCAACAUGCGUCCCGAUGCGUACAAUCAGCAGCAGUACCAGAACCACAUGAUGCGCAUGCAAAAUGGCGCCGCCAUGAACAUGGGUGUGAAGCCGGGCAACAACCUCCAGAGGGCUGCCAUGGCCAACAACCAAAACCCUCAAACGAUGCAGAUGCUCCAGCAGAACAAGGUCGCCGGCCAGAUGCAACGCGACCCCUCCGACAUGGAAGGCAACCGGGUAAGGCCUGGAUCGCCAGCGGCGGCCGAGAAUGCACCAUCCCCAUCCAAGAGACCGCGCCUUGACGGCGGCGCCCCGUUUAAUCCCCAAGCGGGCGUCAUGAUGCCGAACGGGAGACCGCAGGGCAUGCCGGGUCAGCAGCAGGUAGGAAACGGCCCCGAUUCAGCACGAGCACUACUGCUUCAGAAUGGCAUCAACCCAACGCAGCUGAAUCCUGACCAGCUCCAGGCCUUCAUCUCUGCCUCUCCACACGUACAAGCAAAGUCUCUUGCCACGUACUCGGCUAACCUCCAACAGCACCAUGGCAACCAGAUGCCCAACAAACCCAUGGCAAACGCCGUCGGUCCACAAGGCCAGGGCUCCCCGAUGGUACCCCAAGGUCCCGACGCCCCAACUCUGAACCAAUACUACAAUCCCAACGACAUGGGCGCCGCCGGCAUGAGGCCCGUCCAAGGCAACGGGCAAGCGACGGGCGGUAGCAACCAUGCGUUGCAGGACUAUCAGAUGCAGUUGAUGCUGCUCGAGCAGCAGAAUAAGAAGCGGCUGAUGAUGGCUCGCCAGGAGCAGGAUCUUGGCACCAACAACAUGCCUCGCCCUGACGGACCCCCCGGCGGACCCCCAGGACCCAAUGCCCAAGGCUUCCAGCAGGGCACUUCCCCGCCAGGAGGCCGAAGCGGUGCUUCCCCCAACCCCGAGCAGAUGAAGCGCGCCCAGCAGAUGAACAACGCUGCCAACAUGGGCGGCUCUCCCCUUCCCGACGGAGCCGUCCAGUCCCGAAGCUCCCCGAACGCCAUGAACUUUAUGGAUGGCAACAACAUGGUUCCCAACGGAGGCCCGCAGUUUGUGAACAUGCAGAUGAACGGUGCCGGCAUGCGCCCUCCAAACUCGCACCCGAACCCGCAGUUCAACCCCCAACAGCAGCUGGCUCACCAGCAAAUGAUGGCGCAGCGCCAGGGGCAGGCCAUGCAGGGUCCGGGAAUGCAGUGGGCUCCAGGCGGGCCUAACGGACAACUCCCCGGUCAAGGACCUCCUCCUCAGAUCCAAGGAACACCAACUCAGGCGCAGCGGACGAUGGGCCCCCCAUCGGCGCCCAAUGCUGCUGCGAACGCUGCAAACUCUCGCAACGCCACAUCGUCACCCCAAGUGAGCACCGCCGCCCCCCCUACCCCACAGGCUGCCAAUAAGCCUGCGCCGAAGAAGAAGGAAACCAAGAAUUCCAAGGCCAAGACCGCACAGAAGAAGACGAACAAUAACCUCAACAACACGGCGGCCACGCCUGCUGGCGACGAGAAUGCGCAGGAGGCGCCAACACCAGCGACGCCCAUCACCCCGUCGAACCCGGCCAACUUUGCAAAGAACCAGAACAUCAACGCUGGUCCGGUGGUUCCCAACGGCCAGCCAGCUGUCCAACAGCCUCCUCCCCAAGCGCCACCAGUGGCCGGCCCUCAACAUCAGGAUCCCAACAAUUUGUACAUGGAUACAGGCGCAAUGGAAUACCCUCUUGGAUUUGCCGACCCCACGCAGUCUAACGACGUUCUGACCGAUUUCGACUUUGAUUCAUUCCUUCACGACGGCGCCAACGGCGAUGACGGUGUGGGCAAUUUUGACUUUGGCGGUACAGGUUUUGGUAUGGACGACGGGACGAACACGAUUGGCACGGCGGAUUAGGAUCUCGCUCUGCUCAUUCAACACACACCAUAAGGGCCCCGGAGUCCUGCGAAAGUCGUAUGUACGAGCUGAGGUGCUUUAUCCAGGCCCUCUCAACGCGAGUACUCUCAAGCAGCCUUGGUUGUCUUGGUCAGGAUCAGUGAGCCAUUUGGGGUUCAUGAUUCCCAUGGUCGCCUUUCUUCUGGUCUAUACUCUCUCGAUAUCAGCAGUUCUUCAAGGCUCUUUGUUUAUUCGGUUUUAUACAUGCAGCAGCGAUUUACAAUCACGCUCUUACUCUGCAACUCUCAGCACACCAUGGGUUCUUUCAGAGUCAACCGGUCAUAUUUUCUUUUUUCGGUAGUUGUUUCUCACCCCUUGUCUUUUUAAACAUUGAGAAGGAAGUAAAUGGUUUAUAUGAGCUGGGAUGCGUAUGGGUGCGGGUCGGUGUCCUGGGUUGGCUUCGCAUGCAUGGGGUGUCGGUCCUCACUCUGCUUUUGUUUCUAUUUCUCUGGUGUUUACUUUUUUUUUUCGACUCUCCCAUCUUCCAACAAACGCACUUUUCCUUUCUUUUCUUUCUGCUGUGUUUGUUUAUCUGACUUUUUGUUUGGUGGUGGAAUAAGCGUUGGACGGAAGACUGGGGUUGGUAGCGAUGGGGGAGGCAAUGGAUCUAGGAGGUCCUUUUAAUACCACAUACACUAUUUUUGUGUUCUUGUUUUUCAUUUUUGAUUUUUCGAUUUAUAUCUGUUGUUUUGUUUUGUUUCAGAACUUGAGAUAUCACACACACACACACGGUUAUCACACAUGCCCCUUUUUCUUUUCAUCUCAUUUUUGCAAAGUUUUUCGGUGUGUGUUGUUUGUAUUGGUUGUUGCAAGUCGUUGUGUAAAAGUUGCUUUUGUGUUUUGUUUUUGCUUUUUCCAUCUCUAGCUGGUUGGAGGUGGAAACUUGGGGGGGGGAGGUAAGGCGGAGAUGAGAAUGUGAUGGGUUGAAGAAAGCAAUGAAAGAGAGAGAAAGAGAGAAAAGAUAACGGGUUAUGGAAUGAAUUUAUCACCUCUUUUUAUUGUUAUUACAAACUUUGUGUUUUUUCAAUGGGGUGAAAUCGCUUUGAAAUAGGGGGGUACGAAAACAGAUGCCGGUUCGACAAACGAAGUUAUAAUGGUGGGGUUUGAGUGGAUUGGAUGGAUUUCAGGGGAGGGAAAGAAAAGGUGGGGGAAUGGUCUUGAAUUGUUAGUGGC